AUGAGAAAACAUUACUUUCCUUCCAGUCCUCCGGAAGAUAAUCCUAGAAAAGUUACAAGGCAUUUUCUUUCUGCCGCAGAUAAAGAAGCCAUUGAUGCCUUGCUUCAACAGAACUACGAUGCUGUUGCAAUUGCGACUAAACUACAUCAUCAACCACGCCAAAUCAAAGAAUACAUCGCCAGAAAAGUCAAGAGUCAAGAAAACAAAUUCUCAUUUGAAGAUGAUCAAAAACUCAUUAUGUUAUAUCAACAAGGUAUAACUAAAGAAAGUCGUCUUGUAAAAUACUUUCCAGACAAGACAUCUUGGAUGAUUAGAAAUAGGUUAAAGCUUCUGAGGCGUCGUAAUCAAUUAGAAUCUUCUGCUCCAACUCUAAUAUUUAAAAAACCGGAAGAACAAACAGAACCAGAGUUAGCCAUAUCUAACAUGAUUCAAAAUCAAACCAUCGACUUAAAUGAAGAAUUACGCAAUCAAGAUCCAGUUCCAAAAACAUUUUCACCAAAAAACGAAGAUUUUACUCUAGAGUCUGCUGCGAUUCAUCCAAAAAUACAACUUUAUUCUGUAGAUACUGCUAGACUACAACUUGUUCGGAUAUUCUGA